AUGCAGGUCCCGGUGUGGGUGUCGACCUUCGCCCUCCUGGCACCCUUGGUGUCGGCGUCGUCAGACCUCGCCUACUGUGCCUCCGAUAACACAGGCUCUUCCUCUUCAGCGUCUACGAGCACCUUCCAAUCCAACGGCCUAUGCCAGAGUACCUGUGCCGACUACGCACUGGGAAUUCUCCAAGGCAAGAAAUGCUGGUGCUCCAAUGUCGCACCAUCCAAGAGCUCGCGAUCCGACACGUCAGACUGCGAUACAUCCUGCCCGGGGUACCCAGAUGAUAGCUGUGGAAGUGCAUCCAAAGGAGUGUUUGCCUAUAUCUCGAUCUCUGGAAAUUCAGUGACUAGUACAGCGGGCGGCUCGUCGUCAACAAGCAGUACUUCCUCCUCAAGCUCCUCUUCUACUUCCUCGACAUCGGAAUCGAAAUCGGGUACCACUACAUCCUCAGCCAGCGUUACAUUCGAAACCAACUCUGGCGGACAGGUCAAGACUAUCACGGUCUCAGACUCGACCUCUACUUCGGGCGCUGGGGCUGGUGCUGACUCGGCAUCGGCUGAUGCCAGUGCUGCUGGCGGAUCCAAGCUCAGUGGUGGAUCCAUUGCCGGUGUCGUCAUCGGUGUUCUGGGUGGACUCGCCUUGAUCGGAGCUCUCGUCUUCAUGAUCUUCUUCUACCGCAAGCGUGCUCGUUCCGCCAGCCCCAUCCCAAGCCAGGACAUGGCCGACAACCGCGACAGCAGAGGAUCCAGCUUCGGGUGGCCACAGGGCAGUGAUGCCGCGGCUGGUGGCGCUGUGCCUGGACGGUCAGCAACAUUCACAGACCGCCGCAUGAAGCCCAAUGCGGUUCUCUACCCGAACGGUCCCCGCGAUAGUAGUGUCUCGCUGCAAGAUAACGAAGAUUACUCGCGACCUGUUCUUCGGCUCACCAACCCCGAUUAA